AUGGAUCUUUCGAGUAACAACUUUUCGGGUGAAAUUUCAAUUGAAUUGACCAAUCUUGUUGGAUUGAGAUCGUUGAAUUUAUCAAGAAACAACUUGACAGGAAAAAUACCCAAGGAAAUGGGAAACAUGAAAGUACUGGAAUCUCUUGAUCUCUCUAAAAAUAAGUUUUCAGGUCAAAUUCCUUCGAGCUUUUCUAAUUUGUUCACUCUGAGUGUUCUGAACUUGUCAUAUAACAACCUAUCUGGAAAGAUACCUUCAAGUACUCAGCUUCAAGGUUUUAAUGCUUCGUGUUACAUUGGGAACAACCUCUGUGGUCUUCCACUCUCGCAAGCUUGUAGAGUUAUUGAUGAUGGUGAAAUUCCAAAAAAUGAAAAUAAUGAAGGAGAUGAUGAUUCUGAAGUGGAUUGGUUUUACGUAAGCAUGGCAAUAGGAUUUGGGGUGGGCUUUUGGGUGACUUGUGGGUCUUUAUUUCUUAUCAUCAUCUUCCUCACCUUUGUAGUUAUGGAGCUGUGCAUUUGUAGCGGAAGCAACAACACUGGGGCUUGCAGGGAAGCAGAGAAGAGGGCAUUGUUGUGCUUCAAGGAGGAAGGAAAAGUUUCAACGGAUUGGGUUUAUGGAACUGAUUGUUGUACUCAAUGGGGAGGGGUCGUCUGCGACAAUAUAACUGGUCAUGUCAUUGAACUCCGUUUGUCAGAUUAUUAUGUUGCCUUCGUUGAUUAUCCUUCAAAAGGGACCAUUCCCCAUCAACUUGGAAACCUUUCAAGUUUGCAAACAUUAAGUUUGUCAAAUGCCGAUCUCAAAGUUGACAGUCUUGACUGGUUAUCUAGUAUUUCAAAUUUACAGCUAUUGGACUUGAGUUCUGUUAAUCUCAGCAUGGUUCAUAAUUGGCUAGAGGUGAUAAACCUGUUUCCUUCCCUCCGUGAGCUUCAUUUAUCUGAUUGUGGUCUUUCUAAAUUAUCUUAUCAUCCACUCGGCCAUAACAGUUCUUCACUUGAAGUUCUUGAUCUUUCCGGGAAUGAAUUCAUCAAUUCUAUUAUUCCUAGAUGGAUAUUCAAUCUCAAUUCUCUUCAUUCUCUUGAUUUAUCAUCUGGUGGUUUUGUAAGUCCAUUCCCUAAUGACCCUUGGAACUUGACAUCCUUGAGUAUCCUUGACCUCUCCAAUAAUGAAUUUAGUGGUUCAUUACCCAGUCAGUUAUUUGAUCUUAAGUAUUUGGUAUCUCUAAACUUGGGUAAUAAUCGAUUUCAAGGUCAUUUGCCUAUUAGUCCUUGGAACUUCACAUCUCUUAGUUUCUUUGACAUCUCCACAAAUAACAUUAGUGGUUCAUUGCCUAGUCAACUCUUUAGCCUUAGUUACUUGACAUCUCUGAAUUUAAAUAACAAUAAAUUUCAAGGUCAAUUUCCUAGUAGUUCUUGGAACUUGACUUCCCUUAAAACCUUGGAUGCUUCUUAUAACUACUUGAGUUCCCACAUUCCAAAUUGGAUUUAUGAUUGCACAAAUCUAGAAUCACUUUCUCUUGGAUACAACCAAUUGCAAGGCAACAUUUCAAAUUCCAUUUCCAACUUGACUUCUUUGUCUUUCCUUGAACUCACUGGAAAUAAUCUUACUGGAAAGAUACCAAAUCAAAUUGGGAAACUCAGCAAGCUACAAACGCUUGACCUUUCGGGAAACAAGUUCUAUGGAUCUCUUCCUGAGAGUUUAGGAUAUUUGGUUUCAUUGACAACGUUGACUAUUUCCAGUAACAUGUUGGAAGGUAUGGUGACAGAAAGCCAUUUUGUUAAUCUCACCGAAUUAACAUAUUUAAGAGCAUCUGGAAAUAGAUUAACCUUGAAUGUUAGUCCAAACUGGAUGCCUCCCUUCCAACUUGAUUUGCUUCAACUAAGUGGUUGGAAUUUGGGUUCUCAAUUUCCUGCUUGGCUAAAAUCUCAACAUAGUAUUGGGGAAGUGGACAUAUCUAAUACUGGAAUAAAGGGUGAGGUUCCAACUUGGCUCUGGAACUUAUCUUCUAAUAUUCAGGUUAUUGAUCUUUCACACAACCAAUUGCGAGGUAAAAUUGAAGAUAUCUCAAUUCAACAACUCAGUGGGAGUCGAUGGUUACUAGUGUAUUUGGACUCUAACCAAUUUAAUGGUUCUUUACCUCGUAUUGCUAUCAACAUAACUGAGUUAGACUUGUCAAACAAUUCAUUCUCAGGAGAUGUCUCACACUUUUUAUGUCAUGCCCAAAAUCUGCCAUACAAGCUUAGACUACUUCAUUUUGGAGGAAAUGAUUUAUCCGGGAAAAUUCCUGAUUGUUGGAUGCAUUGGCCACACUUAAAUUUCAUAAAUAUGAAUGAAAACAAACUGAUUGGAAGCAUCCCAAAUUCCAUUGGGCUUUUGAGUAAGUUGAAAUCCUUGGACUUGCAUAAGAACAUGCUUUCAGGCCAUUUACCUACUUCACUACAAAACUGUACCCAUCUAUUGAAAGUAGAUUUGGGUGAAAAUGGAUUCACAGGGAAGAUCCCAAGAUGGUUGGGUACAGGACUAUCAAAUUUGAUAGUCCUAAGGCUUCGAGUGAAUAAGUUUAAUGGUGAAUUGUUUCCAGAGUUUUGUCAUCUCAUAUUUCUUCAAAUUCUUGAUUUGGCUAAUAAUAAUUUUUCCGGUGUAUUACCUGGGUGCCUUAAAAAUAUCACUGCAAUGAUCCAUGAGACAAGAAAGAUUGAAGAUAAUGACUAUGAGUUGGAAUAUUCAGAUUUAGGGGGGUUUCUAGAAGAAAGUGCUUUAGUGGUAACAAAAGAGAAUGAGUACACCUAUGAUGCCACCAUUUUACUCAUGCUUGCGAGCAUAGAUCUCUCGUCUAACAACUUUUCAGGAAAAAUUCCAAUUGAAUUGACGAAUCUUGUGAGAUUGAGAUCUUUGAAUCUAUCAAGAAACAACUUAAUCGGAAAUAUCCCUAUAGAAAUAGGAAACAUGAAGCUCUUGGAAUCCCUUGAUCUUUCUAGAAAUCAAAUUUCUGGUGAAAUUCCUUCGAGUUUAUCAAGUAUAUCCACCCUUGGUGUUCUGGACUUGUCAUAUAACAACCUAUCUGGGAGGAUACCUUCAGGUACUCAACUUCAAGGUUUUAAUGUUUCAUGUUACAUUGGCAACCAUCUCUGCGGCCUUCCACUCUCACAAAACUGCAGUGGAAUUCCAAAACAUGAAAAUAAAGGAGAUGAUGAUGAUGAUUCUGAAGUGGAUUGGUUUUACAUCAGCAUGGCUAUAGGAUUUGCAGUGGGUUUUUGGGUAACCUGUGGGUCUUUGUUUCUUGUGAGGUGUUGGAGGAUUGCAUAUUUUCAAUUUUUAGAUAACAAGUUGAACUCCUUUUUUGCAUGGGCACGUGCUUUGUGGGUUUAA